UUGUUGGACACUUCCACCAUUAUUGGCGACUGGGGCUGGCUCACCUACCCUUCCCAUGGGUGGGACUCCAUCAACGAAAUGGAUGAAUUCUUCAACCCCAUCCACACCUACCAAGUCUGCAACGUCAUGUCUCCCAACCAGAACAACUGGCUGCGGACUAGCUGGGUGCAGCGUCAUGGGGCUCACCGGGUGUACGCAGAGAUCCGGUUCACCCUGCGGGACUGCAACAGCAUGCCAGGAGUCCUGGGCACAUGCAAGGAGACCUUCAACCUCUACUACCUCCAGUCGGACCGCGAUCUGGGCAGCACCCCCCGUGAGAGCCAGUUUGUGAAGAUUGACACCAUUGCAGCUGACGAGAGCUUCACCAAUGUGGACCUGGGCGUCCGGCGACUUAAGCUCAACACGGAAGUGCGUGGCGUGGGGCCCCUGAGCAAAAGAGGCUUCUACCUGGCCUUCCAGGACAUUGGAGCCUGCAUUGCCAUCGUCUCGGUCCGAGUUUACUACAAGAAGUGUCCGGCUAUGGUGAGGAACUUGGCGUCCUUCUCUGAGGCAGUGACAGGAGCAGACUCCUCGUCCCUUGUGGAGGUGCGGGGCGAGUGCGUGGGGCACUCUGAGGAAAGGGACACCCCGAAAAUGUACUGCAGUGCAGACGGGGAGUGGCUGGUGCCCAUCGGGAAAUGCGUCUGCAGUGCCGGCUAUGAGGAGCAGAGGGAUUCUUGUCUGGCCUGUCAACUGGGUUUCUACAAGUCUUCCCCUGGGGAUCAGCUGUGUGCCACCUGCCCUGCCCACAGCUAUUCCGAGAACCAGGCUGCACAGGUGUGUCGCUGUGAGAGCAACUUUUACAGAGCAGCACAGGACCCUCCUUCGGCAGCCUGCACACGUCCUCCCUCUGCCCCCGUGAACCUGCUCUCCAGUGUGAAUGGCACCUCCGUCACCCUCGAGUGGUCCCCGCCUCUGGACAAAGGAGGCCGCAGCGACAUCCUCUAUAACGUCCUCUGCCGCCACUGCCUGUGGGAUUCUGGCCAGUGCGAGACCUGCGGCACUGGCAUCCGCUUCCUGCCCCAGCCAGUGAACCUGGCCCAGGGAUCCCUGGCUGUCACCAACCUCCUGGCCCACACCAACUACUCCUUCUGGGUGGAGGCCGUCAACGGGGUCUCCGACCUGACCCUCGAGCCACCGAAAUUCGCUGCCGUCAACAUCACCACAAACCAGGCAGCUCCAUCCCAAGUGCUGGCCGUUCACCAGGAGAACGUGGGCCAAAACAGUGUCACGCUCCUGUGGCAGGAACCGGAUCAGCCCAACGGCAUCAUUCUGGAAUAUGAGAUCAAGUACUAUGAAAAGGACAAAGAAAUGCAGAGCUACUCCACCCUGAAGUCCAAAGGCAACAGCACCACUGUCUCAGGCUUGAAGCCAGCAACCUGCUAUGUCUUCCAGGUCCGAGCCCGCACCUCUGCCGGCUGUGGAAAAUUCAGCCAGGUGGUGGAAGUGGAGACCGCCAAAGCAACUCCCCAUUACGACACCACAGCGGUCGUAUGGACCUGCCUCACACUCAUCAGUGGCCUCGUUGCAUUGCUGCUCUUUCUGAUCUGCAAGAAGAGACACUGCGGCUACAGCAAGGCUUUCCAGGACUCCGACGAGGAGAAGAUGCAUUAUCAGAAUGGACAGGUGAAAUUCCCCGAGUCAAAGUUCUACGUGGAGCCCCACACUUAUGAGGACCCCUGCCAGGCUGUGCAUGAGUUCACGCGAGAAAUCGAAGCCUCCAGGAUUAAAAUUGAGAGAGUCAUUGGAUCUGGAGAGUCAGGAGAGGUGUGUUAUGGCCGUCUGAAGUUACCUGGGAAGAGGGAGGUACCCGUGGCGGUCAAGGCCCUGAAAGCUGGGUACACAGAGAAGCAGCGACGGGACUUUCUGAGUGAAGCAAGCAUCAUGGCCCAGUUUGACCACCCCAAUGUCAUCCACCUGGAGGGGGUGGUCACCAAAAGCAAAUUAGUCAUGAUUGUGACCGAGUACAUGGAAAACGGCUCACUGGAUUCCUUUCUCCGGAAACAUGACGGGCAAUUUACGGUGCUUCAGCUGGUCGUCAUGUUGAGGGGCAUCGGCGCUGGCAUGCGCUACCUCGCGGACCUGGGCUACGUGCACCGUGACUUGGCGGCGCGCAACAUCUUGGUCAAUGGCAACUUGGUCUGCAAAGUCUCUGACUUUGGCCUGUCGCGAAUCCUGGAGAACAACCCUGAGGCUGCUUAUACCACCACGGGUGGGAAAAUCCCUGUUCGGUGGACAGCGCCAGAAGCCAUCACAUACCGGAAGUUCUCGUCGGCCAGUGACGUGUGGAGCUAUGGCAUUGUCAUGUGGGAAGUGCUGGCCUAUGGGGAGCGGCCUUACUGGAACAUGACCAACCGGGAUGUCAUUCAGUCGGUGGAGGAGGGUUACCGGCUGCCCGCCCCCAUGGGCUGCCCCACAGCCCUGCAUCAACUCAUGUUGGAUUGCUGGCAGAAAGAUCGGAAUGAGAGGCCACGUUUCCCCCAGAUUGUCAGCAUCCUGGACAAGCUCAUCCGCAGCCCACAGAACCUCAAGUGCACGGCCACAGUCAACAGAUUCACCCAAACCAUCUCGGAACGAGGCUGCAUCGAUUUCACCAGCUGUGCAACUGUGGAAGACUGGCUGGACUCCAUCCGACUGGGGCGAUACCAAGAGAACUUUGCUCUGGCCGGCUACUCUUCCCUUGGCAUGGUGAUGCGGAUGAACAUUGAUGAUGUGCAGAGUUUGGGCAUCAGCCUCGUGGGUCACCAGAGGAAGAUCCUGACCAGCAUCCAGAUCAUGAGAUCUCAGCUGCUCAACACCAUGGGCUCCAGAAGACACCUGUGA